ACUUUAUGUGCACAACCCCCAACUGUCUGUCCUCCCAUGAGUUGUCGCCCUUGAACAACGUGAUGGCCUCAGCGAUUGUUUGGCCCGGGCUGAUUGGACGCUUGUUCCCCCCCAAGUUCAGGACGUGGACAACUUCUCUAGCGGACUGGGGCACUCGUAGUUUAAUUACACUAAUUUUCAUCCGUUUCAUUGUCAAAGCCGAGUCCACUUUCACGAAGCAUGUGCUCAAUUUCCUUCUUCUGGUGCUUCCAACCGCAGCCCCAUCCCCAAGGUACUACCACCUCCCUUUAGCCCUGGUGGUCAUGACAGAAAAUUACGGUCAUGGUCAGUCAUGGUCAUGACCGGGUGUUUUCAGACGGUCAUGACCUGACCGCACGUGA